AUGAGUUCCAAGAAGCUAAGCCAGCUAUGUAUAGUUUGCUUUGUUGUUUUCCUGUUUUGUACUCAGAGUGUUCGUUCUCAGCUUCAACGAGGAUUUUAUAGAAGCUCAUGUAAGAUGGCAGAGUUCAUUGUCAAAAGUGCAGUUAGAGAUGGUUUCAUUAAGGAUAGAGGAGUGGCUGCUGGUCUUGUUAGAAUGCACUUUCAUGAUUGUUUUGUUAGGGGUUGUGAUGGAUCUGUCCUCCUUGACUCCACUCCCUCAAACACAGCAGAAAAAGACUCUCCUGCCAACAACCCUAGUCUUCGAGGCUUUGAAGUCAUUGACAAUGCAAAGGCUAGACUAGAGACCGUAUGUAAAGGAAUCGUCUCAUGUGCUGAUAUUCUCGCGUUUGCAGCAAGAGACAGCAUCGAGAUAACUGGAGGUUUUGGCUAUGAUGUUCCUGCAGGAAGAAGAGAUGGCAGAGUGUCACUAGCCUCAGAAACUCUUACAAACUUACCCCCUCCUACAUUUAACGUUGCCCAACUCACUCAAAAUUUUGCAAACAAGGGUUUCUCACAAGAAGAAAUGGUUACCCUCUCCGGAGGACACACCAUUGGUCGCUCACACUGCACUUCCUUCAGCAAUCGAUUGUACAACUUCAGUGCAACAAUGAGCCAAGACCCAACCUUGGAUGCCUCAUACGCAACAAGGUUGAAGCAGAUGUGUCCACAGGGUAGUACAGAUCCUAACUUGGUGGUGCCAAUGGACCCUGGUAGUCCAGCCACUACUGAUGCAGGUUACUACCUUGAUAUCUUAGCAAACCGAGGCCUGUUCACGUCAGACCAUACCCUCUUGACAAAUGCAGCAACUGCAACUCAAGUGAAUACUAAUGCAAGAAAUCCGGUGCUUUGGAAGAUCAAAUUUGCCGCUGCCAUGCUGAAGAUGAGCCAACUUGAUGUCUUAACCGGCUUGAUUAUUGUCCAAUCUCAGCUUCGAGUAGGGUUUUAUAGGAAUUCAUGUAGGAGGGCUGAGUCAAUUGUGAGAGACGCUGUCAGAGAUGGUAUCAAUCGGAAUAGAGGGGUAGCUGCUGGUCUUGUGAGAAUGCACUUCCAUGAUUGUUUUGUUAGGGGAUGCGAUGGAUCUGUGCUUCUUGACUCCACCCCAUCAAACACAGCAGAAAAGGAAUCUCCUGCCAACAAUCCUAGUCUACGAGGCUUUGAGGUCGUUGACGAUGCGAAGGCUAGACUAGAAGCUGAAUGUCAAGGAGUCGUUUCAUGUGCUGAUAUUCUUGCAUUUGCAGCAAGGGAUAGCUUUGAUUUAAAGAGAUGGCAGAGUUUCGCUAGCCUCGGAGACUACGAGCUUACCUCCCCCUUCUUCAAUGUCGAUCAACUCACUCAAACAUUUGCGGCCAAGGGUUUAUCACAAGAAGAAAUGGUUACCCUAUCCGGAGCACAUACCAUUGGUCGGUCGCACUGCACUUCCUUCAGUGAUAGAUUAUACAACUUCAAUGGAACAAAUAGCCAAGACCCAAGCUUGGAUGCUACAUAUGCAGCCAGUUUGAGGCAGAGUUGCCCACGAGAUAGUACAGAUCCUAACUUGGUGGUGCCAAUGGACCCUAGGACUCCCACCAUUAAUGAUGUAAAUUACUACAGAGAUAUCAUAGCAAACCGAGGCUUGUUCACAUCAGAUCAAACUCUCUUGACCAACCCAGCAACAGCAAGAGAAGUGAAUUCAAAUUCAAGGAGUCCCGUAGGUUGGAGGAGAAAGUUUGCUGCAGCAAUGGUGAAGAUGGGCCAACUUGAUGUUUUGACCGGUAACGCAGGAGAGAUUAGGGCAAAUUGUAGGAUGUGCGCAAGGGAUCCUAUGCUUUGGAGGGCCAAAUUUGUUCCUGCAAUGGUGAAGAUGGGCGAAAUUGGAGUUUUGACUGGUGUUGCUGAGGGGAUUCGAUCAAAUUGCAGGUUUUCUGUUGCACUACAAGUAGAGGCCUUAUGUAGCUGGAAGCCAACGACUACUACUCUGGAAGGUGAAGGUGAAGUGGAAGCAGAAGCUUUCACCGUGACAUUGCUGCCUCGAAGCUGGCCAUUUAUUACAAGCAUAUUUGAUACUACUGUAGGGUUUUAUAGUAAUUCAUGUAGAAGGGCUGAGUCAAUUGUGAGAGAUGCUGUUAGAGAUGGUAUCAAUCAGAACAGCGGGGUAGCUGCUGGUCUUAUGGGUGGAAUCGGAAUUUUGACAGAUGGUGCCGAUCGAAUUGUAGCUAAGGUGAUCAAUGGCCAGGGUUCGGGCGAAUUUUAG